AAAUAUUUUAAAGAGUAUAAUAAACUAAAAUGUUUAGUAAAACGAUCCUGAUUCUAUCUUCUUUGGUUCCCUUCGUGUACGCUAAUCAAGAACAUGAAGUAGAAGAGUUUCUGAGAGAUUUGAGUUUCAUUAUGGAAGAAAAUAAAGAUCCAGAUUUUGACGUUUUGCACGAUGACGUCGUCUCAGAAAUUCGCAGAAUAAGUGAAGAUCACGGAUUCAAUACGGAUGAUGUCUUAUGGGACAUCAGUUUCUUGAAAUCGCUUCCUGGAAUAUUUAAAUCAGGAGACGCGAGGAGAUGGACGACUGUGAAUUUCGCGUAUCAGCUUGCCUGUUAUGGAGGAAAAACGGGACCACUCCUACUACAAGCAUUGUGGGCUUACAGAAGAUUCAAUGGAUAUGCAUGUUACUGUGGUGCAGGCUACUAUUUCGGAAACUAUUUGGAUGCCACCGACCUAUGUUGCAAAGGACAUGAUUCCUGCUACGAACGCGUGAUGAAGAAAUACAAUCUUAAAUAUGGUUGCGAUACGUACACUGUCCCUUAUAGUGUCUCCUGUUGUAAGAAGGAGAAAUAUACAAAAUGUACGGACUCUGGUCCAAGUGCUGGAAGGGAAUUAUGUGGAUGCGAUCAAAAGAUGGCUAGAUGCACGUCUAAGAAUGCUAAGACUUAUAAUGCAGAUCUGAUGAAAAACAGGAGCAAGUGCAAAAACGUCAGUGGAGUUAACAGGAAACCAAUGACUGCCUGGGAAACACUGAAAUCCUGCAAACAUGCUUUUCACCCGAAUGUUAAAUUUCCACUCACAUACGGGUCCCAAGGUAGUUGUCCAAACGGUGGGAGUAGAGGUAGUUGGCUUUGGAGAUGAGGAGAGAUUUUUAACACAUUACACAUGUCAUUCAGACCGCAUUCACAUAACUAACUAUAGAAGUAUAAAGUGAUAUUACGUGAAUGUAUUAAAAUGUCGUCUGGAUUGGUUUUCGGUAAAUAUACAUUGAACGUAGCAAUGUUGUUUAUUUAUGAAAUUUGAAUGCUUGUUGUUAUCAUUUCCGUCUGUGAUAUAUUGAGCAAUUCUUCGAAUUUUCUAUUAUUCUUCGACUGCGAGUAACUCGUGCGCAAAUCCUUGCAUCAAAUAAUUGGGAAAUUCCCAAGAGAAGCGUGGUUAUUAAAUAAACUACCAAAUGCGUAAAUAGGAAUGUAAAUUACAAAAAACGAAUGUAAGUUAGAGUUCAAUGGGUUUCUUUAGGUACUAGUGAAGUUGAAUAAAAAAGAGAGAGAAUGCAAAAGAGAUGAUUUCAGUAAUUAGUAGCAAUAGAAAUCGACUUAUUUUCCCCAUAUACACGGAUAUUAACGCGAUGAAACGUCUUCAAAUCUGAAAUUUUUGUCUUACACUACUCAUGUGAACUUCGAAGCUUCGAAAAUAUGUAUAUUUACGUUAAUCGCUAAUAUAUGAUCUAUAUAUAUUUUAUAACUUUGUUCUUUUUAAUUUUUGGUCACUGCGCUAGCCAUAGCAAAUGAAAAGAAAAAAAAAAGGAUAAGUUCAAAUUAGAUAAACUAUUCGUAUUACAUGUAUUUAUUUUAUUCAGUUGAUAUUUAACAACUCAAAAUUGCGUAUUACAAUUACGACUUUCUUGAUUAAUAUUCACCACUUAAGGCUAUGUAGAAAUCAUAUUUUAUUUCUGAAAUUUUUCACAUAAAGAUACAUGAAUAAGUUUCAAAUAUAUAGGGCAGAAAUUUAGGACGAACACCACUCCGCUUUCAGUAUAGUUACUAUAAUUUCAAUCUUUUGCGCGAGCCUUUCAACUAAAAGCUGGUACGAAUUUAGUAUUUAUAUUUUUUAAAUUGCACAUCACGUGAUCGAAGAAUCCAAAACACAAUUUGAGAAUUAACAGUAUCAAAUUUACGUUCAAACUAUUGAACAACUGUCGACGUUUUCUUCUGGAUAAAUAAUUGUAAUCGGUGACGACACA